AUGGAUUACUUCGAACGCGGAGAGAAGAUUGGUGAUAGUUCGAACCGCUAUGUACACACCUGCAGACGGUGUCUUCAGGUAUUCCCCAAAGGACGCAUGGAGAACAUGACGAAGCACUUGACGAAGGAGUGUCCGGAUAUGUCCCUGAAGGAGCGUCUCCAAGUCAUCCUUCGUCUGAAUGACCUGGCUCGCUCCGAUGUGGAUCAGAGUAUAUACCCACUUGUACCUGGAAGAGGAGGCAACGAGGUAGAAGAAGAUAGCAACUCCUUCAACCUGUCUCGAGCAUCGGCUCCCGAACUUCACACAGCUUCGCAGCAAAGUGCUCUGGAAGUGCUAGCUGAGGCAUCGCGUCAGCUGUACAACCCUCUUCAGCAGCAAGGCUUCCAACCGCCAGCUGCAUCCCAUCGCAUGGACAACCCUGUUCAGCAACAAGACUUCCAACCACCAGCGGCUUCUCAUCGAAUGGACAACCCUCUUCAAGCACAAGGCUUCCAAACACCGGCGGCAUCUCAUCGCAUGGACAACACUCUUCAGCAACAAGGCUUCCGACCACCGGCCGCGUCUCUUCACGUGGACAACAUUCUUCAGCAGCAAGGCUUCGAUCACCUCCAGCCACAAGCGCAGUCUGCAUAUGCUGAAGCACAUCCUGGCCCCUCUUCAGAGUCCCAUGGUCCUCCGCAGAUCCAUCCUGGCCCCUUUGACUCUCAUUCAAAUGACUUUCAAGACAGUAACAACAUUCAUGACGCCUUUGGUCGCUUGAUUAGCACUAACACGCAAAUCUCCGACGAAGUCUUUACAAACUUGCCUGCAACAGCCUUGUCACAUGGAUAUGACUCAUUUCCUGGCUCUCAUGAGACAUCGUUGCCACCUCUCUUGCCAGACGCCGGCCCACCCGAUGCUGCCCCGGAGUGGAACAGCUUACCGACGACUACUGCUUUGGCCGAGAAUAUCCUCCCAGCAAGUAGAAAUAACGAAGCCAUCGAGCCCAUCGAACACUCUAGCGCGGCGCCCGAACCAAUUGCCUUUGAUUCAGAUGAUCAGACCACGCCAGUUAUCCCCAAGACAGCUGCACCUAAGAAGGCUAAGAAGGGUAGGAGACCGGGCCGAUCGAAGUUCGCUCCAGAUGCCAAGCUCCAAGUCGCGAUGGUGAGGAAGAUUGGAGCGUGCUCUCGCUGUAGGGCACUUAGAAAACCGUGUGAGCCUGUUGAUCCAACCAAUCCCCGGGGUGUUUGUAAGCUGUGCACCAACAUGAAAAAUCCUCGCACCUGGAAGAAUGUGUGUAUCCGGCCCAGACUGUGGGAGAUCCUGGAAGCGUACUUUGCAAGACCACACGUUCACGCUGUGAACAGAGAACAAACCGGCAUUACCUGGCUCAAGUUUGGCGGUUUGGUCCGUGUCGCCCAUUUUGAGGGCAAGAAUGUUGAACUGGGCGCCCGCUAUCGAAGAUCACAACUUUCUUCAGAUGGCGAUCUUUCGGAACUGUCUAUUGCGCAGCAGGAUGGCGCUGUUGUCAUCAACGUUGAACCCAAGGACGAUCGGGUGGAGAGGUAUCUUAAAGCCAUCGGUGAGGAUGUCAUUGCCAGAGAGAAAUGCCCCGUCAUCAAAGCCACCCUGCAAGUUGCGCACAGUAUCCAGCGUGAGCAGCUUGCCAACCCCAGCACCGACAAGGAGGACGGACUCCUCUCCGACAUCAUCGAGCUUUGGACCGCCACGUCGUUGAUGGUUGACCCGGACUUGAAAGCCGAUUUCACUAUUGUUUCCGGCCGUUCUGAACCUCUCCACGAAGUUAGCGAAAGCCAGAAUGGCUCUACUUACGCAGCCAUGGUCAACCAAUUCCACGCAGUCCUCGAAAACCGGACCAGCCUUCUCUGCAAACCCACAAUGCGUCGCUUUGAAGAAUGUUGUGGCCAUCCAAAAAAGCCCAAGACCUUCCAGGUUUUUCUGACGGCCUUCAUCAUGCUCAACUGCGCAGAGAGAAUGUGCUGGCUUUUCCGUCGAUGGGAGUCAGGUGUGUCAGUGUCAGCCCCAUGGAGUCUCGUGCGCACUGCAAGCUCGUAUGCGGACCAAGGUGCAUUCUUCCUUGAAAGCGUAUCCGUCCUAUUGAGUCCACAAGCCUUGAAGCCUGACUUGAAAGUGAGUGAACAAACUGGUCUUGUCGUGGCGGUGAAAAGCGGGGAUCCAAACCUCCUCACCUGGCUCGACAAUGCGCGAUUCACCGCCGAUUUCGGCAAGAGACCCAACAACGAGCAGCCAGACUUCAAUGAUUGCAGGUCCAUGGAUGGGACGCUGUCUGGUCAGCUUCUGGAAAUUUAG